CUUACGUGCCGGGUUGGACGGGCUGUGCUCUCAGUUGUGCUAUUCUUAUGUCAACAGGUAUUCGGGACUGAAAUUCGAAGGUGAGCUGAGGAAGAAUUUACACAAUGUCCUUCAGCCCGGAAAGGUUUACGAGAAGUAUGACUUGACUGAGGAAGGGAAGAACUGCGCAAAAGUGUGUCUCACAGUUUUCUCAACGCUCUUUAACGAUUUGUCGCAUCUGAAGGAGAGAUGUAACGGUGGUUGGAGAUUCAGAACCAUUAAUACAACCAAUAAGCUCGGAAUCUUCUUUGAAACACGUGGUUAUAUAGUGCCGAAAAAUGCAGAUAACCAGAACGCUGAGUUGAACAGAACUAAGAAAGGCGAAUCUAUCAUGACGAGUGCGAUGAAACUAUUCAAUGUACGUGGCGCGGGGUACCUUGAACAAUGUCACCACUGCCUCGAAACGUACUACCAAGUCUGUCAUAUAUCGACGUUCGCUGCCAAGAAACGGCCAUGUAACAUAUACGAAAUUCUAUGUUGGUUGUCUGGGUUGCCGUGCAACGCGGUUUACGAUACGCUGUUGCAAAGCGCUCUCAGUGAUCCGUUUGAGGAUUCAAACAAGCCGUCAGACGACUUUGAUGGUACCCCCGUAUUUGACUUGGGCUCUUCCAAGAUAGAAGCUUAUCCGCAGGCGAUCACGUAUGAGGAUACACGUAACGCACUCAUUCACGUUUGUUCGCAAUCCUACGAUCUGCUGACCACCAUCCUCGGCACGGGUGACGCUGCCACAUUCUACGCUAGUGACUUCUCAAAUAACUCGAUGCAAUUCCACUAUCCAACCUCGGGUGAGGACUGCCUUGAUAUGCUUUCUGACAUCCUUCGCAGAUUGCUUCCGCAGCUCCAGUUCCUACACAGCAAAUGCCGAGAAAGCGCUAAACAUCACGGUUGGCGGGAGUGUCUGUACGGCAAGCAUAUCCCUACGACCAAGUGGCAAUGCACGGAUUAUGCUACCGGCAAAGCAACGUGUCAACCAAAAGACCAACCAUGCUGCCAAGCAACGUGCCAGGCAAAGUGCCAACCAAAUUGUCAACCAAUGUCCCCCUUAAUGUCGUACCUAAACGACUGCCUGCCCGGUCACUUGCCGCAUCAAUUAACAAAACUAGGCUGCAAAUACGAAUGCGCCACUUGCCCUACGACUUCUAAGUUGGGAAUGCCUUGCAUGACCCCGCUUGGCUUCAGGCAAUUUUCAUCCAGCGUAAGAACAGGAAACGACAUAUGCAACGUGAUAAGCAAGCUUCUAAGUAAUUCUCAUAUUGCACGUCUGCUGUGCUUAUCUCCCAAGGCGCCAUCUACGCUGCCUGAACACUUCGGUUUCGCAUUGACACUUGCAAAGGGGCUUAGUGCUGCGUCGCCACGUCGAGUUGAUAGCGUGGUAACAUUUGCCGAUAGCUUCGCAACCUCCAUCACCAAAGGCUCUAUUAAGCUAUACGAUGAGACCAGCAAACUUACAAUUCCGCUUCGUAACGCUUACGGUGACGGGGAAAGCGCUCACGGUGAUCGACAUAAUGAGGCAACGAAAGCCGAUUUGUCAAGCCUGGCAAUGACGCAAUCAUGCGUGUUACCUAACAAGCAUCUAUACUGUGCCCCUUAUCUUAAGUCACUUUGCGGUGAUAACUAUUAUUACUUAGCGCAGAAGGAUUCAGCUACAUAUCUAUCAUGGGCUAUCUACUCACCAUGGACGCUUUAUAGAUUUCUUAACUGUCUAUAUGAUGCCUUCUGCAACAUAUCCUGUAAAGACUGGGGAUGCCCUAGUUGUGUUCCAGCUGACUCAUGUAAGAAGGGUCAGCACGGUGUAGGCAACAGCUGUAGAUGCAACUCACUGGUUGGAUGCCGAGGUGUAUUAAGCACGUUCUACAACUACGGAUUCACAUUCGGUAAUGCAACUAGCUUGCUGGACAUAAACAAUAAAAGGUAUUGCCGUAACUUCCAAGCUCAAUUGAAAAAUGUCCUCGAUUCGGAAUAUUUCAGGAAGCUGUUUGAAAAAUGCGAUGAAUUCCUCUGGAUCAUUAGACAACCAUUCUCCUACCUUGUGCUCGCCCUCUGGCUCCUCUCUCUGUUGUACCUCCUCCACAUCAUGGUCGUCCGCCUCGACCUGCUCCACAUCAAAUCGCAUCUGCACUCACCAUCAUCACAUCGUAUAGCCGCGCAAUCAUUGUUGGCUGCAGCGCGUCUCGGCAAACUUGCCAAGAUAUCGUACCUGCAACCGUAA